ACAACAACAGGCAAAGGAUUUUUUUUUUUGUUUCUUUUUUGUAUAAUGAUGCAUAGUCUAACGUGUGCCUAAGGAAGGACGUAAAAUUCAUUCAAAUUUCAAGGUGAAAUAAAUAAAUACCGAGAUUGCAUUUUGUUACACUAACUGGUGACAAUCUACUAUCCACAUUCCCUCAAAUUUUGUGAUAUACAUAAUUACACUAUUUAACAUCAAAUCGCUUUAAUCAUGAUUCUUUCUAGCUUCUUUGUUAGAAGUUCUUUUGUAUAAUAAACAAACUAGUUUCAAUCUACUGUACAAUAUUUAAUGGCGGAUUUGACUUUACUUCACGGUUUCAUAUUCAAAUUGGGUUCUAAAAGACCAACCCUCACCUCCCUAUUUCAAUGGGUAACCCACAACCAGGAGGUCCCUCUGUGUCCCAUCAACAUCAGGGGAUCUGUGCCUUCCCUCUUGCGUCCUGGCUAGUAGUCUGUUACUCCCCUAUUUGGCACCUUCUCUCAAACUUACCUACGCGACUCUCAGAACUUCAUCACUCGUGUCUCCAGCCAUGAUGAAUUUCGAUGUUGAUUACCGGUUUACAAAUCUUCCAGACUCUUGAUGACAUCCUUGCUUCCAUCAGUGGAAACACCUCCCUGAGGAUCUGUCUUCCAUUGCCUACUGGCGUCUUUAUCCAGCUGAUUGAUUCAUCAGUAUCGAUUCUAAUUUCUUUUCUUUUGAAAUGUUCUGUGCUGCCGUGAUCUCUCCUUUUUCUAGUUUUAACCAAGCGGUUUAUGGAGUACUUUGAGUCUCAGCUCCUGUGGCGGUAGCAUUACUGUCUCUGCAUCAUUAAUUCCACAAGUAGUGCUCACAUCAGCCGCCCACCGCCCCCCUCUCGCCGUGACAGAACUGAUUGGUUGAUUCCGGGAACUCCAUUUUCAGGUCUGAAGAGGAAAGAGAGAGGAGGGGUUAUAAAAAAAGGAGGAGAGGCAACAGACGAACGAAAGUGAAGGGAGGUCAAGUCAGGUGGAGGAUGUGAGAAGUGAGACUAUUGGGAGGAGAAAAGCCACAUUUCAAAUCAAAACUAAGCAGCAACUUGAUUCCGCGAGUCUGCGAGCAAGGACAUCAGUGGAUGGAAAGACAAUGCCUGCCGCUGACCAAUAUAUCUGAUGGCUUGUGUCCCACUGAUGGCAGAAGAGGGCGUUGUUGUUGUGUCCCUUGGAUACAGUGUACUUAUGUUGAGACAGACGCUUAGUGAGUUUGGCGCCUGCCUCGCCAAAGUUGCAACAGUGUUUUCACCUGGCAGCUUUUCUCUGACCUUACUUUGCUUCCGUUCCAUCUGUCCUCACCUGCCCUGUGUUACUGCAUUCUCUCUCCUCUCUUUUAUACUCCCCCCUCUCCCUCUCCUCUUCAGACCUGAAGAUGGAGUUCAGGUGGAUUUCAAAACUGUUGACUCAUUAUCAAUAUAGUUUGUGCAUUGUGGAUUUUUCCAUCAUAGUAUUGACACAGCAGAAUGUGCUUACGAGGCUUCUGUUAUCGCCACGGACGCUCCAACCAACUUCGUUUCCUCCGAGAAUGCCUCGAUCUCCAAUCUACUGAAACACUUAGAGGAAGGGUCUCCUAUCCUCCUCAUGCUGGUAGGAUGGAUGUCAAACAUGCCCUCUAUUAUUCACGGGUACGUUUAGACUUCCUGAAGGAGCGGCUCGCCAGACGUGUCUUCCAGCUCACAGCCAACGUUGCCCAUAAUUCUUACCAGUCUCUCCCCACCACCAAUGGCCACUCUCCCCCCAGAAACUCUCCAGCCUCACCGCACGCAGUUAUUGGUCCCGCUUCUCCCUCACCCAUGUUGUCACCAACCUAUCUUCCUUGUACUUGACCACUCACCAGCAACAACUUGGCUUUGGUCUUCAGAGGCCCUUCAGAGCCUGCAUAGCAAGGAUGUCACCAUUUUGCUUUCUGACAAGGGUAACUCAGUGGUGGAUCUUGAAUGUGCAUCCUACCCGCAGAAGGACUGUGACCUUUGGAUGACGCCUCCACCUAUGUCUCCCUGACCAGUGACCCCCGAGAACGCAUUACUGCUACCUUCCAUCAUCGCCUGAAAGAGCUAGCAGCUUGUUUUCUGGAGUCAAAUCUCUACCAGAGGUUCAAGGUCAUCAAUGAUCAUCUCCCUCAUUUCUAUGGGUUACCCAAAACCCAUACGCAAGGAGUGCCCUGCACCCCAUCAUCACCUCCAGGGGUUCUGAGAUGCACCCUCUCUCUUUUAUACCCACUCCUCUCCCUUUCCCCUUCAGACCUGAAGAAGGAAUCGAGGUGGAUUUUGAAACGUCUCAUUACCAAUAAAUAUAGUUUGUACCAGUGCUAGCUAUGUGAUGACCAAGCCCCGAGCGAGGCUAGCGAACCAAGCUGGCACAGGAUUGACGGAACCAACGCCUUGCGUUGAAGAAUACAUCAGAUGAAGCCAAGCUGAAGGCUAACUGACCUCAACGACGCAUCUAGAAGAUCUAGUUCAGUUCAAGCCAUGACAAGAUACUGUCCACGACCCUUGGCCGUCUACCAAAAAGUGACCAUGCUAUUUCCUUAUACUAUACAUCCCCUGUUGCACAAGUCGUGUUAAGACAAAAUUAACAAUAAAACUAAGUUAUAAAGCAGAAUUGGAAGAUUCAGUUGUACACCCUUUUCUUAUGCCAGUCACCCUGCAUAGAAUGUCAAUGGCUUGCUUGUAUUUUCAGUUUACAGUAAACCGACUCAUACCGAUAAUUAUCUUUUUUGUCGAACCAUCACUUGUAUAUUAAGAAAUAUUGUCAAUAUUCCUUAGGGCAUAUAGGAUUGAUGAUAGCAAGUUCAUCUCUCAGCUUGAUUUUUUAAAAUUGUUCACUGAAGUAGGAUAUCCCGUUUUUAUUGUUUUUCAAACCAGGAAUUCAUCUGUGAAAUUGAAAGUUUAUACACUGACAGUGCCAGUAAAUUGAUUGUUCCAUACAAGCUGUCUCUCGAUGAUAAACUCGUAUCUAAACGAAUUGAAAUUGAUCCUAUUUCUACAUUCUGGCAUAUAUGCUCUUUUGUGAGAGGACUACCUCAAGUUUUACAUAGCGAAACCAGCAGAGCUUUGGAAAAGAGUAAAUAAGCAGGUAAUGUCAGGUACACUAGAGAAUGAAAUGCUUGUUUUGUUCACAUCCACGAUGAAGGCCAUCAGCUUCACUGGAAAGAGACAUUCAUAAAUCGGCAAAAAAUGUUAGCUUUGUUAAUUAGGAAAUUGCCUAAUUUCAACUGAAGUGCAAGUUAAUGGGCUAGGGCGACCUUAAAUCAUCAUUAUAAACCAAAGACUUCCCUAGACUCUCUAACCUUGACCCUCUUUCUGCGACUUGGUUCAGCUCUUGUUCUUGUCUACCACUAUAUAAUCUUGUCAAAACUAUUUUGUAUAUCCAUUUCGAUUAUUUGUUCGUCUGAUGACGAACUAGAGUUCGAAACAUUCCAUUCAAUUUCAGGUCUUAUUGUGAUUGUUUCCCUUCUAUAGUGACCUAUCUAUCUAUUCAUAUAUUUUUUUUCAACCAAUUUCCUUUUAUUCGGGGGGAUAUUACUGACAAUGAUAAGAGCGGGAAAAGCCAUAGAAAUAACCAUAAACACAUACAUAUGAACACACACAUACACACACACAAACAUACAUACAUUUAUAACACAAGCUCAUCAAUGAAUGCUGUAAAUUAUAGACCCAAUCAGGAAUUGGCAGCCUUUACCUUUCCACCUUUUCUCUCUAUAUGGAGAACGCAAUAUAAUUUGUUGUUUAGUAGUUUUGAAGUUUGUGAUGCACUGAGCGACAAAAGCUGUUGAAAAAAGUCUUUGACUCAGAUAAGUGAAAGUAAAGCAGUUUCAUGAAAAUAGGGGCAAACACAAUAUGACAAUUAGUUGCAAUUAAUAAAUAAUAGCUUUGUGUUGUACAUAGAACACACUUGCAGAUAACUAGUUUACCAAUAGUUAAUAAGUUAACAAAAGUAGACGGUGUAAGUGGUGCCCAUUGAGUACACUGACAUCUUAUCGCUUUAUCAGAAAAAAUAGUAAACACUGAGAAACGGCCAUCAUGCCGCAGAGAAUCCUCAGCUGCAGAAGCGCCAUCCUCGUGGCUUACUUGGGCCUCUUGCUGUAUCACGAGUUCCUUCGCGGUUCGAGCACGGAGCCUCAAGUACAGGUGGAGGCCCAGCAGGACGCCUUUGCCAACGGUCCAGUCCAUGUCCCUAGCCUGGUCCUUCCGGAAGCCACGGAGAUCCUGGGCGGCCUGAGGGAGAGCGAGCCAGGGGGCGUGGCGCUAAAGACGAGCGGGAGCGCCGAGAAACUGCAGCAGGCCACGCAGGUUCUUCAGAAUGUCGGCGAGUGGUUUGGCAACCAUGAGGUCAUGGCCACGCUGACGGAGGCCAGGCUAGAAAGCAUCGAGAAACGGUUGGAGACCUUCUCGCGGAUGGUGGACAACUUCUCCAAGGGGCUCGACCUCACGUGGAAGCAGAUCGACUUCGUAAACAAGCACUACACGGGGGAAGUGGCCACGAAGCUGGAGACGAUGAUGUCCUCGGUGCAGUAUUUCCACAAGCAGCUUGAGACUCUCAACCUGCAGCAGAGAACCGACAUCGACGCCAGCCACCAAAUGGCGUCGAACUUCGUCUCCGUGAACAGCCGACUCACAAAACUGGAGGAGAAAUCGGAGGAAGACAACAUGGGUAUUCGCCGCGUCCAGUUCGACCUGGAGGAGCACCUGCCGCUGCUGAGAUCGAUGGUCAAGGAGGAGGUGCAGGCUCACCGCGUGCCCGAAGACCUCGACUCGCGCAUGGUGGCCGUGGACGAGGCGACCGUGGCCACCAUAAACAGGAUGGGCAAUCUCGAGGCCAAGGUCGCCGAGUCCGAGAGGCUGCACGCGGAAAUCCUCAGCCUCACCGACAGCCUCAUCAGGAGGGACAACGAGAUCAACAACCUGACAGCGCUGCUGCUGGAUCUCGUCAAAUCCGUCCACACAACCCAGAGGAAUCCAGGGACACCACCACACCAAGAGUGCCGCUCCCCUUACCUUCGUGUGGGCCAACUAUGCCUCGCCACCACACGUACGCCCACGCCCUGGCUCCACGCCCGCGACGCCUGCCUUGGCUCAGGGGGUCAGCUCGCCUUGCCCUCCAACCUCACCCUCUUCGCACGCUACCUUAGAUCCAACAACGUGUCGGGCGAGGUGUGGGUGGGCGGGUCCGAACUUAUCUGGAGCUUAGAUCCCCAGCCGUCCUCGACUUCGCCCAGAGAGACAGGAGACCAACAAACUACUUCUGUCACCCCCAAUCCUCAACAAGAAGACACUGAGGACGACUCGGCACAACGAAAAACUACCCAAGGCGCAAAUUCGUCGGUGUCGGGUAAACAAAACAAAGAUUCACCAGGCAGUAAGCCCACAGGUCCCGAGCAAGCAGAAUCCACGAGGCAUGAUCAGUGCCUGGCUGUGGUACUGCGCCAAGGAGUCCACGCGGUACUGAGGCUGUGCAGGGAUCAGAACAUUGCCGUCUGCCAGCAAAACACUUGAGGUGGUGUGGACGUCGACCAAAGGCUUAAAGUAUGUGAUAUCGUAAUAAAACACUAUAAAUGCCUGUUACUGUCUUAUAAUGCGAUCAACAGAAAUUAUCAUGUUUGCGAUAUCGUAAACAAAUAUAUCGUAAUACAUAGCCAUACAGAUAUUAUACACGAAGAAAACGCACAUACCCUUGUCCAAUUUGUGACGAAUUUAGCAUGAAAUACCUGUAAAUUUCAAGUGUGACAUGAUGGUUUCCAGAUAUUCCACGAUAAAAAAGUCGCAUAUUAUAUUUUUUUAUCACUCACGGACGAAACAAAAUAAAUAACAGUACAUUC